AUGGCUGCGGAGUCCGAGAGGCCGCCUUACCUCAAUGUUGUCUCUGGCCAGUCCAGAGGGGCCAGAGGGGCCGGAAAUGCGGAGGUGGCAUCGCAUCGCGCGCAUCGGUCGGCCAGCGAGGGUGACCUGAUCGAACAGCCGCACCCGAACGUUAAAUCUCAGACCCAAGCCAUGUCCCAGGUGCCUAAAUUGUCCCCCAGUCUCUCGAAUACCUCUGCCUCUCCGUCAGCUCCCAACUCCGCCGUCUCCUCCCGCGAAUCCUCUCCGGUGCGAUUCUCCUCUCGAAACCUCCACUCCUCCCCGGUCAGUCGUAUCCAAACCCAAUCAAAAUCCCGGAAGAGCAGUCAAGACCGAAGCAGCCCGACCAGAUCCUCAAACGGUCAGCCGUCAGCCUUGCCCAUACCCUCAGGAUCCACGUCAUCGGGCCAGCGUGCGCAAGCGCUGCCGGGAAACACACCAUUCUUCUCUCCUCCUGUUCCCGAACCACCGGCCAAUGACCUCAGUCCGGAAAAGUCCAACAUGCCAUCAUGGGCGGGAAGUCGUCGCACAGAUCAGGAGUCCACACCGCCGAAUACUUCCCACAAGAGAGCCUCCGUGCCGCCAGCGUCGGACGACCAGGGAAAGGUGGACCGAAACGCCUCUCGAGCAGUCACGAGAGCUGGGAGUGGACAAGGUCCAUCCUUGGAUACAGUCCAGGAGAUGACCAGUGAUCCUUCAACCCCAUCGAAUGACACGGCUCCUAAGCCGGUCACCCCGGACGAUUCACGGUUACACACAAUUGACGAAGACCCGACACCUCGAGCCGCAGAGAAGAACACUGAAAGCGGCAGCGACAGUGGUGGAAACCGCAGUUCGGAUCCCAAAGAAGAUAGUCGUCCUAAUGCUUCCGGAAGCGCCAAACCCUCUGCGACCAUCAUGCCCAAGCGGUCCACUGCCUCCCUCAGUGCUGGGGCCCGCGGGAAGCCAGCAGAUGGCUCCGUUCGCAAUAUGAUUGUAGAAACGGAGACCGUCAGCUCAAUACCGCAAGUGUCUUUGGGGGUUGGUGCUCCAGAUCGAAACAAUGCCAGCCGCGCUGAGCCUGGAAACCUUCGCAAGCAGCCUUCAACAGAUACAAUUCGGCCGCGCGAAAAAUGGAAAAGAAGUCGACGGCCGAAUACUGUCACCACAGGCCCGGCAUCCAGCAAAGCUGAUAUCUUCGAGGCCAAGGUCGCCAGUGCGGUUGACAAGGCCGAUGUCUCUGACUCGGAUGAAACUUUCGUUUAUGAGUCAAAUCCAACGGAUCCAUAUCCUCCACGACAAUCUCGAUAUCACUCCCGGACACCCAGUGCGACCUCCAUGGCAAGCCAAGUGGACCAGCUGGCUGGUCGCGCGCGAGGCAUGCGGGAUGGCUCCCUCAGUGUCACUGGUAAACGGAGUAUGAAGUUUACCAACAACCCAAACCCAUUCAACCCGAGCUUGGACGGUGAGAUGACCGAGCAGGAUGGCAGCCGAAGUGGCUCUCGGGUUGAUGGAAGUGGAACUAUAACCCCGCGACACCACAACAUCGGACGUCAUGGACGGAGUAGUGGUGUGUUACCAUCACUUUUCGACAACGACAAUGCUAUGCAAACGCCUCAAACUCAGCCCAAAUCCCCACGUCAUUUUAUUGGGAGUGGGUAUAGGCAUUCGCGAAAUAGCAACAUUCGCUCUUCACCCAAUUACAGAACCAUCAGUAAUUCGAAAAAGUCGAACGAAAUGUUCGACUUCGAUGCCGAGGGAGCUGAUGAUGAGCGCACCCCAUUGGUUGGUACUCCACGGGUACCUCGGAGCCGUCAUGGCCGCAGGCCCAACAGUGCCAGUUUGCGCCAGAUGGAAUAUAUGCAACGGCAGCGUGGCUGUGUGUCGCGCUAUGGCUCCUGCGCUAUAAUACUCGUUCUCUUGAUGAUCAUAGCCGGCGGUGCCACCACCUUUGUGAUUGCUGCGACCAAGACUUUAUUGGAUGUCCAGGUCCUCGCGGUCCAAAACGUGCUUGCAUCUGAGCAGGAGAUCAUGCUGGAUCUCAACGUACAGGCUGUGAAUCCCAAUAUCUUUCCGGUGACAAUUGACGACACCGAUGUCAAUAUAUUUGCCAAGAGCCGCUAUGUCGGCACGGACAAGCUUUGGCGAGACCAUGGAUCGAAUGAUGAACUUGAUCGUUUCCCCCGCGUGAAGCAAAGUCAACGGCGCUGGGAGCUCUCGCAGAUAGUCCGAUGCUUUGGAAAUAUGGACUGUGUGCGGGAGGCCGAAGCUCGCAAGUUGUCAAAACCUCAUGUCACAGAUGGUGUUGAUCGAGGUACGGAUCCAGUCACUGAUCCCGAGGGUGAUCCGCAAACAAUGCUGCUUGGCCGAGUUUUCCGCUUUGACUCGCCACUAUCCUUUGACGCAUCGCCUUGGAGUUACAUGGUAUCCACAUCGAAGGGACAAAUUCGCCUUCCCCGACCAGGCAACAAGACCGAAGAAGGUGGCACAGAACGCUGGGAACGUGUUCUGCAGCACCCGUUUGAAUUGAUUGUUCGUGGUGUUAUCAAGUACCAGCUCCCACUGAGCUCGCGUUUCUACUCUGCUUCCAUCAGUUCCAGCGUCAAGGUGGUCCCUGACGAUGAUAGCACCACGCCACCCAGCAACGAUACUGCUCAUGCCACACUGGCCAAACGCGACCUCCCCUCCGUUCGCCUUUUGGACACUGAUACCUCACCCGAGCAUCGAUCGGAAUUUUCUAAACGACAGUUCACGGCAUGA